AACAACCAAACCGCCUCGUCCCUUUCCUCGUGUCUCUCUCCUUUCCGUUUCCCUCGUCGCGGGCGCGGGUCACAGCCGCCGCGCCGGCCGCGUCCCCUUCCCAGAACCCCCAGGCACGUAUAAAAUCAAUCUGUGCAUUCGUCCUUGGCACGACUUGAUUUCUGAUUCCCUCUGCUGUUCUCCCUCCCCCCGCGCGCGGCCUUUUCUUUCUGCCAGCGACGACUUGGCGCGCGCCGCCGCAGCCGCAGCCGCCGCCGCCUGCCCAGGCCCUCGCCAGGUCUUCGCCGGCGACAAGCACCCACCAGACGGACGGACUUGUAGGAGCGAGAGGAAAUUAUCUGCCGGCCAUAUUUCACGGAUACAGGUGGAGUCCGAGAGUAAUGAGAGUUGUGAAGCUUGAAUAGAUGAAGCUGCAUCAAGUUUGGCAGUUUGGCGUUAAGGACAUGAAGGCCGUUCCACUUCCUCGCCCGAGGGCAGCUCCCAAACGACGAGCGUGGAUACUUGGCGUUGCAACUUUUAUCUUCAUCGCACUAGCCUGGGCUUACCUGUAUCCUCCCCCGCAUUACACUUCUCCUGUGAGAGAUUGGCUUCCUGGAAGGCUUCCUGCGGAGCCUGCCAGGGAAUUGACUGAUGAGGAGAGGGCCUCGCGUGUUGUUUUCAGACAGAUCCUAACAACACCUGCUGUUCGAUCCAAGAAUUCAAAAAUAGCUUUCAUGUUCUUGACUCCGGGGACGCUGCCAUUUGAAAGAUUGUGGGAAAAAUUCUUUGAGGGCCAUGAGGGAAGGUAUACCAUAUAUAUUCAUGCCUCAAGGGAGAAGCCAGAGCAUGUCAGUCCCAUAUUUGUUGGUCGAGAGAUACACAGUGAAAAGGUAACUUGGGGUAAAAUUUCUAUGGUUGAUGCUGAGAGGAGGUUGCUGGCAAAUGCUCUACAAGACAUUGACAAUCAGCAUUUUGUUUUGCUAUCUGAUAGCUGUGUACCUUUGCACAAUUUUGAUUAUGUAUAUGACUACCUGAUGGGGGCAAAUCUCAGUUUUAUUGACUGCUUUUAUGAUCCUGGACCACAUGGAAAUUUUAGAUAUUCACAGAAUAUGUUACCUGAGGUCACAGAGACUGAUUUUAGGAAGGGUUCACAGUGGUUCUCAGUCAAACGCCAACAUGCAUUGAUGAUUAUUGCAGAUAGUCUUUACUAUACUAAGUUCAAGCUUCAUUGCAGGCCUGGGAUGGAAGAUGGUCGCAACUGCUAUGCUGAUGAACAUUAUUUGCCAACAGUAUUCCAUAUGAUGGACCCAGAUGGAAUUGCUAACUGGUCUGUAACCCAUGUUGACUGGUCUGAAGGGAAGUGGCAUCCGAAAGCUUACAGGGCAAAGGAUGUCACUUUCGAGCUUCUGAAGAAUAUAACAUCAAUUGACAUGAACCACCAUGUCACUAGUGAUAGCAAGAAAGUGGUUACAGAGAAACCCUGCCUAUGGAAUGGAGCAAAGAGACCAUGCUACCUGUUUGCGAGGAAGUUCUACCCUGAAUCCAUAAAUAAUCUCUUGACCCUGUUUGCGAAUUAUACACUUAUUUGAGCUUCUAGGGGCGGCUAGAGGCAACAGGGAUACACAGGAAAUCUUUUGUUAUAGAAAUCCUUGUACAUUGGAUAGCAACAGAAUAGGAGAUUAAUUAACAGAAUAGCAAUUGGUGAGGAGAAGGCUUUCGCUGCAGCAACAGUGGCCUCGGAUUUACCACGACAGGCCAUUGCUACUCCUUUAGCCUCGUGUUACUUUCAUAGUUUUUCCUCCCCACAUUUUUAGCUGCGGCGUUUUACCAUGUACAUCAAGCUUAUUUUGACAAAGGAAUGGUCGUUAAAUGGAAAAUCUGAUAUCAUGGUCUUAUAUUUGCUCUCAA